AGGAACAAAAGUAUCGAUCUUUCUAGUACAUAUAAAUCAGGCACACGCAAGAAGAAGUCCAUAUGGUCAGUUUCUACAUUCCUCUGCAACACUUCUUCUAGUUUCUAUUUUUAUAACUUACAGCUUAAAUUUAACACAAAACCAACUAACAAAACAACAUGCAUGAAAUAAGUGUUCUGUCAAACCCUCCUUUCAUGUCCUGUCCCCUCCUCCUUCCUCAAACUCCCCCAGAAAUAAAUCCAAAACCCAAAAACAAAUCAAACCCAGAGCAUGGCAGACGACAUCGUGGUCGACGAGGCCUUGUUAAACCGAUCCAAGAACAAGUUCAAACGCUGCGUUUCGCACACACAAGAUGAGCUGAAGAGCUUUAGGUCAUAUCUGCGAUGGAUGUGCGUGGACCAAUCGAAUGCACGGAGUGCAUGCCUCUCUUGGUUCGUGUUCUUUUUGUUUGGGAUUUUUGUGCCAGCCAUGUCCCAUUUCGUGUUCGGCUGCGGCACUUGUGACAGCAAGCACAAGAGGCCCUACGACAGUGUCGUGCAGUUGUCGCUGAGCAGCGUUGCGAGCUUGUCGUUUGUUUGCUUGUCAAGGUUUGUGAAGAAGUUUGGGCUGCGGAGGUUCUUGUUUCUUGAUAAGCUUUAUGAUGAGAGCGAGACGGUGAGGAGGGGAUACACAGCUCAGCUUGAUAGAUCAUUGAAGCUUCUAAGCAUCUUUGUUAUACCAUGCUUUGUUGCCGAUAGUGCAUAUAAGAUAUGGUGGUACGCAUCCGAAGCCAGGCAAAUCCCUUUCGUGGGUAACGUUUACGCGAGUGCUGCAGUAGCAUGUAUAAUGGAGUUGUGCUCGUGGCUCUAUCGUACAACCGUGAUCUUCCUCGUGUGCGUUCUAUUCCGUCUGAUCUGCUACCUCCAAAUUCUACGGCUACAAGACUUCGCCACAAUGUUUGAAGUUGACUCUGAUGUUGGGUCAGUGUUGUCUGAGCACCUUAGGAUCAGGAGGCAGCUCACCAUCAUAAGCCACAGGUGCCGUGCCUUCAUAUUAUGGUCCCUCAUUUUGGUCACAGUCAGCCAAUUUGCUUUGCUGCUCAUCACAACCAAGUCCAGUACCAUGGUCAAUCUUGAUGUUUACAGAGCUGGUGAACUUGUGCUAUGCUCCAUAACUUUGGUGACUGGGCUGUUCAUCCUACUACGCAGUGCAACCAAAAUCACUCACAAGGCGCAAGCAGUGACAUGUCUUGCUGCCAAGUGGCAUGUUUGCGCAACGUUGGACUCUUUUGAUGCAGCAACGGCUCAGAAUGGCAGUGGGCGAUCGUUGCCUGUGGCGGUGGGCAGCGAAGAGCAUGGAGAAUCAGACAAUGAAGAGGUCGAUGUUGAAGAAGAUGAAUUGGACAACACCAAGUUGAUCCCAUCAUAUGCUUAUAGUACCAUCUCUUUCCAAAAGAGACAUGCUCUUGUUAAAUAUUUCGAGAAUAAUAGAGCCGGUAUUACCAUAUUCGGAUUUACAUUGGAUAGGACUACACUCCACACCAUCUUUAUGCUUGAGCUCUCUCUAGUUCUCUGGUUGUUGGGGAAGACAGUGGGGAUUUCAUAACUAAAUAAUCCUACAUUAUAUUUAGGAUUGUUCUUUUCUUUUUUUAGUCCUUUUUUCUUGACAUUCCAUAUUUAGAGGGCUUGGA